AUAAUGAUUAUGGGAGAGGAAAUAGCAUGCAAAUAAAAAAGUGUGUCCAGUUGUCAUAGUAAUAUGUCGGCGGCAAUGAGAGGCUAAACAGAGAUGGAGCACGGCAUCAUACACAGCAUACGUACGUGUAUACACUGGAUUUAACCGCUGCACAUCAGCAGCCUGCUUAGGAAACACCCACUUUUAGGAAGCGGAAGAUGGACCAGCCUCUCAUGUUUCGUGCUCUCUUGCCGUAAAUUGGAAGCAAACGUCUGAACUCCAUCUCGAUGGCACAUCUGCAGUUAUCAUGGGUUGUUUUUAACUCUGGAAGCAGUGCAAAAAAAAAAAAAAGUCGCAGUCGCAGACAUGUAGUUAAGAUAGCUAGCCGCCCUGAAUACUGAACCAUCAUGUUAUGAUCUAGGUCAACUUCAGGCAAACCGGUGAAAGGUGCCUCUCCCGUCACGGUGCUCCCCAGCCGGUGUCUCUGCUGCCAUGGAGGUGGGCAGCCUCCCCGUGGAGCUGUGGAGGGUUAUCUUGGCCUAUCUUCCUCUCCCUGACCUGGGCCGCUGCUGCCAGGUGUGCCGUGCCUGGCGGGAGCUCAUCCUCUCCCUGGAUAACACCCGCUGGAGACAACUCUGCCUGGGCUGCCCCGAGUGCAGACAUCCCAACUGGCCCAGUCAGCCCCAUCUGGAGCCCCCAUCCUGGAGGGAGGCCCUGAAGCAGCACGCCAUGGCCACCCGCACCUGGACUCAAAACGGGCCAGAGCUCCAGUCCUCUGCAUGCCUCCUCCUUUUCCGUCGCCGGAAAGACCGCAGGGUUUGGCACGUGGGACCUGGGUGUGAGUUUGAGACCCUGCGCGGAGCUCUUGGGGUGGUGGGGCCGUACGACCGUGUGGUUCUCCAUCCAGGGGUGUAUGAGGAGCAGGCUGAAGUGGCGCUAAAGGUGCCCGUGGAGCUCGUUGGGCUGGGAAGACUGGGCGAGGUGGCCCUCCUGGUGUGUAUGGAGCAGCAGUGCCCCACUGCCAGGCUGUGCAAUCUGGUGUUCAUGCCACCCUGGUUCUCCACGGUGGUCUACAAGACAUCAUGGGGUCAUGUCCAACUAGAUAACUGCAACUUUGAGGGGGCUCAACUGCAAAUCCGUGGCCCCGGAACUUGCCAGGCUCGCUUCUGCUCCUUCUCACAGGGCAGUUCUGCUCAUUUGCUGGGUGUUGUCCUCAGUCUAUUGGACAGCUGUGACUUCUCAGGAAGCGAUACAGCAUCUGUGACAGUAGAAGGUCCUCCAGUGGCAGAGAGGAACUGGGCUUGUAAACAUUUGGCUGGCCUGGCCAGGACGUUCCCAACAUGUGGUUUAUUUGGGAAUAAUAAUAGCCCUCCCAGAGGCCUCCAGGCCCACUCAACCAGUGGGCCACCUGGUGUUAAAAAGGAGCAAAUUAGUAUAGAGGACUGGCAGAGAAGAAACGGCGUGGAAGCAGUGUGUCAGGGCACAGUGAUCGAAGAUGGCUGGAGUGAUGGUGAGCGCAGUGAGAGAGAGGAGGAGAACCGAGAGGGAGAACGAACCAACACCAAAAACCCAUUUACACUGGAUUACAAAAUCCCGUGUGACCAUCAUGGCUUAUCCCACUUGCUCAAGCCGCAGCCAGAUGGCUCUGUGCCAUCGGCCUCUUCCUCAGACCCCCCGUCUGUGACCCCUGAACCCCUAACCCUUCAGCAGGAACUAGACAGGGACCCAGACGCACAGAUAUUGGCAGCAUCCACUCUUGGCUGUAUUGUCAGACGCUGCCUCUUCAGGGAAGGGAAAGGUGGUGUGCACUUGUCCAAUUAUGGACACGCACGACUGGAGGGAAAUGUUUUCCGUGGGCUGAAUUAUGCUGUUCGCUGCAUCCAGAACUCCACAAUAGUGAUGCUGAGAAAUGAGGUGUGUGAGUGCCGUGCGUCAGGCGUGUUCCUGCGUCUCUCGGCUCAGGGCCUCAUUGCAGAAAACAACAUCCACUCGAAUGGGGAAGCAGGGCUGGACAUCCGAAAAGGGGCAAACCCCAUCAUUGUGUGUAACAAAAUACACAGUGGUUUGCGUUCUGGUGUUGUUGUCCUUGGCAAUGGAAAAGGUUCAAUUCGGAGUAACCAGAUUUACAACAAUAAGGAAGCAGGCGUGUAUAUUCUCUUCAGUGGAAAUCCAGUGGUCAGUGGAAAUCACAUCUUCCAAGGCCAGGCAGCAGGGAUUGCUAUUAAUGAGAAUGGCAGAGGGAUGAUAACAGAGAAUGUGAUCAAAGAGAACCAGUGGGGGGGUGUGGACAUUCGCAGAGGAGGUGACCCCAUUCUGAGGAACAACUACAUUUGUCAUGGCUACUCAGAUGGUGUGGUGGUGGGAGAGAGAGGCCGUGGACUUAUCGAGGGAAAUCAUGUCUACUGUAACAAAGGCUGUGGUGUGUGGGUUAUGUCGUCCAGUCUUCCGCAGCUCUUAGGAAACUAUAUCACCCAUAACUGUAUGUAUGGACUGGCAGUGUUCUGCAGGAAGGAUCCAGAGAACAUCGAGGCCAGGGAGGGAAACUGGCCAGGGCAGGAAGGGAUUGGUGGAGAAGCAGGAAGAGGGGAAAGGAGGGGAGUAGAGGGAGAAGACAGAGAAGGGCAGGAGAACUUGAACGAGGAGGGGGAAUUGUUUGCAUGGGAGAGCGAUCUGGACAGCGAGGAUGAGCGCCACUCUGCCCGUCGCUCCAUCAGCGUGGCCCUGGUAGAAAGCAACUGCAUGAGCUACAACGGAGCGGUCGGCCUGUAUGUGAAGAGCAGCGAGCCGCUCAAUGUUUUCGCUAACCUCGUGAACAGUAACCGGGGAACCGGCAUUGGUGUGCUGCAGAGCAGUCAGCUGACCCGUCUGGUUACAAACUGCGUUCUUGAAAAUGGUCGAGGUGGUGUUACGGUGGAGAGAGACUGCAGGGUGGAGCUUCGUGGUAAUGGCAUAUAUGAAAACUGUGGCCACGGUGUGAGUUUCAAUGGUAACGGGCAGAUUGUGGAGAAUGAUGUGGUUGGAAACCGUGGAUAUGGGAUCCAGGUCUCUGGCAGUGCUGAUAUCAAGGUACUGCGCAACCGUGUCCAACCAGCACAGGGUUGUGGCAUCGCCGUGCUGGGGCCAGUAAAAGGUGCCGUCCAUGACAAUCUGUUAUUCCAGGGCCACCCUGGAAACAAAAAAACACUUCUACAUAUGGAUCCUGGCAAUGAAAGCUGUGUGUUGCGCAACAACAGUAUUCUAAGACAUAACAGCUGUACAUCUGCUCCCCCCUGGGUUUUAGAAAACCCUCCCCCUCGUCCACUGGCCAGCUCCCCUUCUGGACUCUCCUCAUCCCAAUAUCCUUCCCGACUUGGAAUUUCUAUGACAACAAGAAUCAGCGCCACUGUGGAGAGUGGUUGCCACAGUGGAAGCAUGUUCUGCUCCAUUCUGUGAAAAACAGCGAGCACUUAAAAAAAAAAAAAAACAAUAUGAAUGACUUUGCCAAGAGGUCAGCAUCUUGUCACAUUUGGUCUGAUGCAUACUGGACUCCUCUGCACUCUGACCCCAAAGACGAUCUUCCAUGAUGCCCUCCCAUUCGGGUGGAGUCCGAGAAGAAAGAAGCUGCACCGAUUAUAACCACUAAAGAGGCCAUCCACCUUCCUUUAUAUUAUUAUGGCACAUUUUGUAAAUCUGAAAUCAGACUUUUUUUUUUUAAAUGUUACCAUGAAAUGCCAGUGCACUCAUCAAAUUUGGACUAAUGACUUGGAGCUGGAAUUACAAGACAUUCAAGCAUUGUCAUCAUCACCCAACCAUUUACACACUAAAGCUUUAACAAUGUUCUCUUUUACUUGCAGACUUCAUAUUCAUGUAUAUAAUUAGCUGUAGCCUAAACUUCCUCCAUUUUGUUACUGCGCUUCAGAGACUUGCUGGUUAGGAAGUGCACAUUUAUAAAUCCUAGCAGGAGUCAAAGCAGCUUCAACCAUGUUACAAAGUCAAGCUGUGCCUUGAUUGACUUUUUUAAAUCAAUCGAUGAUUGUAGCUAGAGAAGGAGUUGUCAUAAUGUGAGGUGUAUAUGCAAAAAAAAAAAAAAAAAAAAGAACAAAGCCAAACUAGCUUCUGCCUCUUGCACAGAGCUGUUCUGUUACCUGGUGAGUCUGUGUUCUUGAAUCACAUCCUCAUACUAUUUUUAAAAAGCAAUGCAGUCCAGCUUUCUUUGACUUCUUGCAUGAAAUUCAAUGAGGGAAGACAACAUAUCAUUCCAGAUAGUAUCAGCACCCUGCGCAGUGACACAUAACCACACACACUCACCAGAUAAUAGUCAGUUAUAGAAGGAAAAAGAUGUUCAGUGUGCAAUAUGUGAUGUCAACAGAUGUGCCUAUACGUUUUAACUGUCUAAGCUAGAUGUUUUCUAGAACUUGUUUACAGUGCAUUACUCAGCUUCUUUGUAUCUUGCACAUCGAGCACUAAGUAACAACAUCAUGUAUAAUUCAAAGGUCAUCAUUUAUUUGUUUACCAAAUGCAUUAAUAAACAGUUCUCGUUUUUGUGGCA